GCCCCUGUGGUGAGCUACAAGUGAGCGCAGAAGAAGAGCAGGUUGCUAGCUGUCACUUGUAGCACUAGCAUGUUAAAGUUAGCAGUAUGUUUUGACUCAGUUUACAGCUAUAGUUUGUCCGCAGUGACGCGUUCCUCAGUAGUAACUCCUCCUAAGCACACAGUCAGGCCCACAGGCUGUGAUGCGUCGGGGGGACCAGGUUCCACGGGCGUUCCAGGCUCCAGUGGACGUCCAUGCUAGUGCAGAUGGACAGGUGUACAUGUUCAAGAGGAGGAGUGCCGAGUCGGCUCUGUGUUCUGAGGAGGAGGAGCUGAGUGCCCUGGAGCUCCGGUCGUACCAGUCACCUCCAAACCACAGCACCACACAGGUCCUGGAGAGAGAGUUGCAGCUUGGAGACAACCUCAACAAGCUGGCCCUGCAGUAUGGCUGUCAGGUGGCUGACAUAAAGCGGCUGAAUAACCUCAUACAGGAACAAGACUUGUUUGCCUUAAAGACCAUCAAGAUCCCGGUGCAGAAACACAGCUUUCUCACUGAGGUGCCCCCCACUCAGGAUGGCCUCCCACCCUCACCUGAUGCCCUCCCACCCUCACCUGAUGCCCUCCCACCCUCACCUGAGGAGGGCUCUCCCCCAGCGCCCACACAUGUCCGGGAGGUCGCACACUUCCUCAUGGAGCUGGACAAUGACAUGGAGAGACUGAUCCAGAGCACUGAGCAGGAGGACGAGGAGCUGCUGGAGGUCUGGGACAGGCGGGAUCACAGGGGUCACAGGAGACAGAGGAGUCAGGGGGUCAAAGGUCAAGGCGCAGACUGGGGCAUCAACUGGUGGAACGCCGUGAUUGCCAUGUUGCUCGUAGGCAUUGUACUACCGCUCUUCUACAUCAUCUACUUUAAAACUAGGCCCUCGGAGGGUGGUCCUGUAGUGCACCCUCUGGUCACUAAUAGCUCAGGGUCAGCAGGGGGCACUCAGGGGCCAGUUCAGGAGCCAGGCUAAUGCACCAUCAAUGUGUUAGAGAGGGCCCCCAAAUGUGAACUCAUGAGGGGACAGUCAAGUGCCAAUAUUAGCCUGGAACUGUCUGUGUCCAUGUUUAAUUUAUAUGUGUUGAGGAGAAACAGUAACAGUGCUGUUGUAUAGACUCCUGUCGACCUGUGCCCUGUGUCACUGAGUUGCAUUAGCAUUUUAAUACAGAGGAUUUCAGCAGGUUUUCAGAUCCUCUUUAAAUUAUCAAAUGUUAUUGUUGUUAGUGAUGCACUGAUCCAGCUUUUUCUGUUCCGAUACUGAUACUUUGGCUUUAAAUAACUAAAAUAUAACGUUAAACAGGGUCUGAAAACUUCCUGUCUCCACUGUAAAUUAUGUAAGAUUAUGAGGACAGUAAAGUUACUCAGGGAAUAUUCGGGUCAUGCCACUGCGCCAUUCACAUGCACAAUAUGGCAUAUGUUUGCCUUAUAUGUAAAACAAUCUAAUUUUUACAUGUACAAAAUCCAUAAUAUUAUCAGACUAUGGUAUUUAUUUCAUUAAUAGUUGUGCACCAAGUAUAAAAGUGUUAUAAUUUAAAUGAAAAAACACACAAACCUUGCCUGGUCAAUCCAGUUUUGUCACCACUCCCUCCAUCGCGUCUCAAGCCAGCGCCAAACACGGACAUCUAAUCAGAUUUGUUUAUUUGAGUGAUGCACGUGAAACAAAGGAGCCCAUUGGUCACCCAUCAUUUUGAACAAAAUCAUAUUCCUGAUUAAAUUCUUCUAAUACUUUCUAUUUAGACAGAGUUUAGUGCUCUCAUCGAUUCUGUAGAAUUUCGUAAUAUUUUUCAGACACCUGUUAUUUUUUUCCCUCUUUUUUCGUCAUAAGCAGCCAUAUUUGUAUUGAAAUAGACAGACCAUACGUGUUCCUGACUGGCUAUCUGAACUUGGGGAGAUUCACUGGUGACAAGACUCACUGGUCUUUUUAUAAAGUAUUGGACAAGUAUGAUUUCUGGAUCCCAGUCAAACAGAAACCUACUUAUCUCAUUACCUAGUGGCAGACAUGCUUUUGAUUCAGUGAAACCUACAGACAAAUAUCACAGUGUCCACGGGUACCACUAUUCAAAAAAUAAUACAUGCUAAUAUCUCUGGGUCAGUUUGUGGGUGUACUUGUUCUCUGGGCUAGUAAAAAUCUGCAUUAUUUGUUUGUUUGUUUCAUAGACUAUAUAUAAAUGGACAUAAGCUAACCUGCUAGCCACUGCGUUCCAAAUAAGGAGUGAGCAUGGGCGCGAAGUAGUUGCUUUGAGCUCUGGUUCCAGUCUCAUCUGUUGAAAAACGGUGGCCUCUGUAUCUGCUGCUGUCAGGCUUCACUUUUUCACCUCAAAAUGUUCGUUUUAACCCGCUCUACAUGAUCCUGGGGUUCUUAUUUCGCUAGCUUGUUCGGAAAUCAGGAAAUCAAGAGGUCACUCCCACUAGCAUUAGUAAAAGGUUUGAUUGGUGCAUUACAUUCGACGACCUCCCUCCUGAUUGGCUUUUUGGUUGCUAUGAUACACAAGCUCAGAUUUCCAAAUAUGGGUCUUGGCUCUAGAUACAACUACUAGCCUAGAUUAUCUUCAUUUGGUUGCAACUGAACACUAUAGGUGACGUCACACUCCCUCGGUCCACUUCUUUAUUUAGUCCAUGGUUUGUUUAUUUGUUUGUUUGUGUUGCCUUUACCGAGCCAAAGUGACAGUGUUUACAAAGAGGAAAUCUGCAAUAAGGUGAUCAAUGCACCAGCUGUUUAGUGCCUUAAAUAUAGUGAGAUUUCAGUAUCAGUCUCUAAAGUGAGUCUUGCACAGUGCUGCCGUCUGUAUUAUGUCUUGAUUAAACGUGUGACGUGUGAAGCACCUCUGAAGGUUUUCAAAUCAGUGUAAACAAUUAUGUGAAGAAAAAGAUUGUUGAACUGUAAUAAAGAUUUGAACUCCGAAAAUGUUUAAUGCAGAGUUUCUCAAAUUUAGUCUGAGUUUAAUAAAGCCUGGAGUC